CGAGAGAGCACGGUGACGCUUCCGCGGCUCUUGAGUUUCCUUUGGUCCAUUUGCAAGGUGAGCUGCAGCAUGAUGUGGGCGGAUUUCGAGCGGAGGCUCACUCGGAUGCCGCGCCGUCUGCCUCGGCAGCCUCAGUGAGAGCGGGCUGGCUGCAGAGCCGCCCCCAUUGCCAUGCCCGAGGCCGCGCUGCGCCGGGGUUUGCCAGUGUCCCGCUGAACCGUCAGUGCGGCUGGAGGAAGAGGAAUGAACAGGGAGAGAACGGCGGGCGGUCAGAGACUCGGCGACCUGGCGAAGGGGCGGCGCUUUAGCCUGCAGCUGGUGGGCUCGGCACCCGUGCACCGGCUCACCACGGUGCCGGUGUUGCCCUGGGUAGUGGCCGAGGUGCGCCGCAGUAGCGCCCGUGGCCCGGGCAGCCGCAGGGUGGGCUUGCAGGUGUACCCGGGCUGGGUGCGCUGCGUGGAGCACGGCUCGGCCAAGUCCUUGUUCCAGCAUCGGGCGCAGCAAGUCCGCAGGCUGCUGCAGCACCGCACCGAGCCCAGUUACUUCGCCUACCUGAGCAGCAACAGGACCGCGGAGCGCAGCGUUUGCUUCGUCUUCAGGGCGUCUGAUCACACACUGGUCCCUGAGAUCAUCAAUACCAUCCGUCAAGCUGGGAAGACUGUCUAUCAGGAAGAGGUCCAAAUCCGCAUACAUGAUGAUGAUUCAUUUGCUCAGAAGUAUGAAGUCCUAUUUGUUGGGAAGGUAACGGUGGCCCAUAAGAAAGCUCCUCCAGCACUGAUCGAUGAAUGUAUUGAUAAAUUCAACCAUCUCCGAGAACACGAUGAGGAGGAAAGAAAAGGACCAGCCACAGAGAAAAGGCCGGAGAGACCACGGACAGAGAGCUCGUCAUUGUUACGUUCCAAGCUGUCAAUACCAUUGUCGCAGAAGAGAAACAAAUCUGCUCCUAGGCUGUCUGUUCAACAUGAACCUCCAGUUACACCACCACAGAGUACUUUGGAGAAAUGUAAAUCGCUGGAUGUGAACAACGCUUUGAACUCUGAUGGAGCAGGGAGUGAUGACUCAGUUGAAGCCUUGAAACGUGCAGCCAGUAUGCCCAAUUUUGUGCAGCCAACAAACAUGAAGGCAAAUAGGACAAUGCUGUUCACGAUUGGUCAGUCAGAAGUUUACCUCAUAAGUCCUGACACAAAGAAAGUGACGAUUGAGAAAAGUUUCAAGGAAAUCUCUUUCUGUUCUCAGGGAAUUAAGUAUGUGGAUCACUUUGGAUUCAUCUGCAGGGAGAACCCAGACAGUGGAAGCUGCCAUUUUGUCUGCUACGUGUUUCAGUGCACUAAUGAGGCCUUGGUCGAUGAAAUAAUGUUGACAUUGAAGCAAGCAUUCACUGCAGCUGCUGUGCAUCAAAACAUGAAGAUCCAAGCUCAGCUGUGUGAGGGUUGCCCAUUGAACUCUCUCCACAAAUUGUGUGAAAAGAUAGAAGGCCUACACCCUUCAAAGGCAAAGGUGGAAAUUCAGAAACACUUGUCAACAUUCAAUAACAAAGAACAAGGUUCAAUUUUUGAGGGGGUUCAGAAAAUGAAACCAAAAAAUGAACUGGAGGAAAACGAGCUUGUUCUUUCAAUGCUGCGACAGCUCUACGAAGAGAAACAGAAACAGCAUGUCCACAAUGGAGAUGCAAAACAGACUUCGCAAAGCUGUCCUCGGCAGUCCAAUGCCAGUGAGCAACAAUCUCUCUCUGCCCGUUUCAAGCUGGACAACCUGAAAAUCAAAGCAAAAAAGUCAUUGGCAGAAUCACUAGAGAACAUUCUUUCGAUGGGCGGGUCUCGCCUCAAAAGCCAAUCAAGUGCUGGAAGUACAGUAACAGAUCAAACAUCUUUGAGUCUAUCAAGCCUAUCCAAGGAUACCUCUUUGGAUGAAAGUGAGGAUGAAGUAGUGCCUACUAGUCCUGUAAAGUCUCAUGGUUCCACAGGGAACCUGCUGCAAGACUCAGAUAACAGCACUGAAGCAACUCAACCAGCAGUUCGAAGACGAGCCAAUACCUUCAGUUACAUGCCUUCCAGCGAUGAGCAACCACAGCAGAUCAUCGCGGAGACCCCAUCCUUUCCCAAACCAAAACUGAUGAGGUAUCACUCAGUGAGCACAGACACACCACACAAACAAAAUGACUAUGAAUCCAGGCCGAGCCCAGGCAGAGAGGCCAACAAUAGUGGGAAUUUGGUCCGUAUGCGCCGGCAGUCCUGGCGACAGCAGAUCUUUCUCCGAGUGGCUUCACCGCAAAAAGGAUGCGAACCCCCCUGCAGACAUGAUGGCAAAAUGCAAGCCUUCUUCACUUAUCCUGCUGCCUUCAAAUAUUUCUACCAUGCCGAUGGAGGGGAUGUUACUACAAGGACAUCUUUGGUGACGACAUGUAAUGACGGUUACCUGGGGGCAGUUGCAGAGGAAAGGAAACGCACAUCAGGGGAGCUCCGAGAUUUAUGGAGGAAGGCAAUUCUCCAGCAGAUACUGCUUCUGAGAAUGGAGAAAGAAAACCAGAAACUGCAAGCUUCAGAAAGUGACCUGCAGAAUAAGCGGCUGAAACUAGAUUAUGAGGAAAUCACAUUGUGUCUAAAAGAAGUGACUCUAGUUUGGGAGAAAAUGCUCAAUGUACCUGCCAGGUCAACAGUUAAAUUUGACAUGGAGAAUAUUCACAUGGCCAUGGGUCAAGGAGUACCUCGGCACCAUCGAGGGGAAAUAUGGAAGCUUCUAGCAGAACAGCACCAACUGCGGUAUCAGCUUCCUGUAAAACAACAGCCAAAGAAUACUCCAUAUGAAGAGCUAUUAAAACAGUUAACAUCUCAACAACACGCAAUACUCAUUGACCUUGGGCGUACAUUUCCAACACAUCCCUAUUUUACAACUCAGCUGGGUGCUGGACAACUCUCGCUAUACAAUCUUUUGAAAGCUUAUUCUCUUCUGGAUCCAGAGGUGGGCUAUUGCCAAGGCCUUAGUUUUGUGGCAGGAAUCUUGCUGCUGCACAUGAGUGAAGAAGAUGCUUUUCAGAUGCUGAAGUUUCUCAUGUAUGACAUGGGCUUGAGAAGGCAAUAUCGUCCCGAUAUGAUUAUUCUACAGAUACAGAUGUACCAGCUUUCACGGCUCCUCCAUGACUAUCAUCGAGAUCUCUACUGCCACUUUGAGGAGAAUGAAAUUAGCCCCAGCCUUUAUGCUGCCCCAUGGUUUCUCACUGUAUUUGCUUCUCAGUUUCCUUUGGGUUUUGUGGCCAGAGUAUUUGAUAUGAUCUUCCUUCAAGGGUCAGAGGUCAUCUUUAAGGUAGCUCUUAGCCUCCUGGGAAACCACAAGCCACUAAUUCUGCAGCAUGAGAGUCUGGAAUCGAUAAUUGACUUCAUAAAGUGCACACUCCCUAAUCUUGGACUAGUGCAGAUGGAAAAAACAAUAAAUCAGGUUUUCGAGAUGGAUCUAUCCAAGCAACUGCAGGCCUAUGAGGUUGAGUAUCAUGUUCUUCAGGAUGAGCUGAUAGAUUCUUCUCCCACAAUGACUGAAAACGAGCGAUUAGAAAAAUUGGAAAAGAGCAACAAUAGCUUGCGCAAGCAAAACAGUGAUCUGCUGGAGGAGCUUGAGGUUGCUCAUACUAAGAUUGAAAGCCUGGAAGCUACAGUCAACACCUUGCUCUCUAAUGAACGGAAGUUAAAGCAAGCCAUUCAUACACUUGAGCUGGAAAGAGCUGCACUCCUGGCUACGGUGGAAGAAUUUCAUAAGCAGGUUCCCAGCACUGAGCAUGUCAAUGACAACUCUUACUGAAGCACAAGAAAAGGAUUAUAAAAUCUGAUGCACUUUAAAUGAUGGGUAUAAAGCAAGAAAAGACAUUUUGAUUUAGUAGGAUUCUCUGGUUCCAUCGCACCACAAAGCAAAAUAUCUAUGUUGAAUCUAUUCGAAGGCAACGUAGGCAUAGUACUGAUCACUGGAUUAUUACCUGCUGUCAAAAGCAAAUCAAUGGAAAACUCAUUUCUCUGAAAAUUAUGUGGAUUUAUUUAUAUCUAAUGGUUAAACCUGUUUUUAUAUAUAUAUUGGACAUUUCUUAACCAGGACACAGUGCUUGAAGGGUUCUCCAUAAUACCUUGUAUGUAGUCAUUACCUAGAGUGAACCAUGCACUUGCAGUGUCAACGUGACAUUUAAACUUUUAUAACUGGAGGGUUACAUCUGAGGUGGUCGCUCCAUUUCAAAGUUUCAGGGGGUAUGUUGUAAGAAAACUACACUAAUAUUCCUUUUGCCAUUAAUUGGGAAAUUUUAGUUUUCUUAGUUAACUUCCUGUGAGUGGUUCAUUUCACUUUUGCCUUCAGUGGCCGAGAUUAGUAUAAUUUUGACUUUUAAAAAAAAUUCAGAAUCUUUCCAAAGGAAAUUGUAAGUGUAAAGACAAAAUUAAGAAAACUGAGAAAUAAAAUUGCAAGUCAAAUCGAGCAGUUUCUUUUGUAAAACUCUACACCGCCCACAGUGAGGGAUUAUGUAAAGUGGCUUAUUAUUUGUGCUUUACCAGUUUUAGUAUAUCAGCUUCAUGUGAAUUGAAAAUGGUUGGUAAAUAGGAAGGGAUGUUUAUCAAAGUUUCAUGGAAAAUAGAGUGACAAGACCAAAAUAUUUAUGAUUGAUUUUCCCAUAAACUCAGUCAUUUCAGCUAGCAGUCACGGACAUAAAAAAUGAUGUGGUUUAGCAGUGCUUGGUGUUUAAGUACAAAGCAUGGACUUCAUAUCACCAAAUGAAACUGAAAUUUUGAUCAGUGCCAAGAGCAUCCAAUGAGUUAACACAAUAUCCAUCAGCUGAUAUAUUUUAAGAAUUUUGAAACUAUCACUUCACUACUUCAGCUCCUUGCUCUUAUUCUAUACUUAAGCAAAAUUACCUGCAUAUUUGAAAAUAUGACAAAAUAUUUGGAUGUGAACACUUGAUGGGCCAAUCCCUUUAAAUGAAACUGGUUUGUGCCAGGUUAAAUAGAUCAAAAUGGGUUGGAUCCAACUUGCAUGCUGUUUUUCACUCUUGCUGGAGUUUGGAAACAUAAAAGAAUGUCAUUUUUCUCUACUGACCAUUUUAAAAACAUUUCAUGAACUGAAAACAAGCUAAGUAAAAGGUUAAUGGUCUUGCAAUCAUGCAAUUCAGAGAGAAUCGCUUUUAAAAAUUUAUAAAUUAAAUUGCUACAGGUCUGGUCUGCAUAGUCUAUUUUUCAACUGAAUUUAUCUAAGAUGGGCUAUGUAACAUUAGGAUAAAAGAGAGAUCGGGAGAUUAUAAAAAUAAUGCACUAUUACUAUCAUCAUCUCAAUUCACUCCCUAUUAGGAAGGGAUUGUGUAGAUGUUGGACAGUAUUCCAAUUUUGUGAUUGUGAUAUAUUCAAACACCAGUAUAAUUAACUGUGCUUUACUUGUUCAUGUGCCUUUUCAUAUAAUUCUGAUACCUCGGUAGUAGUAGUAUAUUGAGUGAGCUAAGCUAUGUUUCCAGGAAAUGGUCACAUUAAACAGGUUGCCAUGAUGUUUUGAAUUUCUUGUUUUGCAUUUGUUGGGUUUCUUUAUUCAUAAAUCACAGCCAUUGCUGAUGAGUGCCUUUUGUACUGUAACAUGCCAUAAAUUGGGACUAGUAGAGAGCAGCUUGAGAUUUGAGGCGCAACCGUAUCAAACGUUCAACGGUGAAAUCUGAUAUGACUUUGCGUGCAUCUCUCCCACUACUGGGUUGGUAGCACAAUGGUUAACUAUAAUGUAGUUUAGUGUCGGGAAUAGGUCGUCAUUUCCACACAGUUUAAAGAAAGUUUUAGGAGUCUCAAGAUUUCAAUCAAUUGUUUCUUUUUUUAAAACCCAACAUUCUUAAACACAACAUUUCUUGUGAAUGUUGUACAUCUGAUGCAAUGUGCCUGUGAUGCUGCUGCAAGUAAGUUUUUCAUUGCACCUGUGCAUACCUGUACUUGUGCAUAUGACAACAAACUCGACUCUGACAGUUUGGUAUAUUCCAUAGGAGUUUAAGAGUGAAUUAUUACUGCUGUUUUUUUUAGUAGUAAUUAUUAUAUUAUCUCUGCAAUUUAUGUCAAAAGCAUCCCUGUGCAUUACUUCAGAAGCUUGGGGGUAAGGCAAAAAGAGGACACAUUAAUGCAGUCCCUAUAGAGAGGAAAAUUAGGUUAAAAUCUUUACCUGGGUGUGCAGAAUUUGUUUUUGAUUCGGCUUUGUCCCCACUGAACAAUGAGUUGAAUAGAAAUGAAAUUAGUGUACACCUACAGCACAAAACAAGUUGUAAUCGAUGAGAAGCUGGUGCAAAUAGAAGAGAAAAUGGAGCACGAGGUAAACUGGGUUGCUGAUUUUCUUUUUGCUCAUUUGACAAUUGUACAGAAUUUUACAGAAAUAGGUCAUUCAGGCAAAUGGUUCUUACCAGUGUGUAUGCUGUGUAUGGACCAACAUUUUCCUUUCAUGCUCCUGAUGUUGGCAUGGGAAUGUAAUGAACUUUUACAGCUACUUUUUUUUAAUAUAAAACACAGGCUGCUUUUGGGGAACUUCCCUUAGGUGGGGGAUUUCCGCUGUAAUUUUGCAAACAGUUUUUUACACAGAAUUUUACUAGUGUAAAUCAUUCAGAAUGGGUUUCAUGGGAGGUUGGAGGGGGUUCCCUCAAUUGUAAGUGAUUGAAUGCGAAUGACUAUUUUAAAAAGCACGUCCUAAUAACUUGAUAUCCUUUUCUUAGGACUAACUCCUUAAGUGUCCCAUUUAUUAUAUCUGCCAGAAAUCUUUUCAGCACUCCCUUUUGAUUUCCUAAAAUCACCUCUAAUCCACUGUAUAAUUGCACACCAUUAUUUCCAU